GAAAAACAUGGUAAAGCAAUCUCAAAAGACACUUGGAAUUUGCUGCUGGAAUUUGUCAGACAAAUCAAUGAGGAUUUAAAUAAUUAUGAUACAGAGGACCAAAUUUCUCAUCAUCGUGAUCAUACUCAUGAAAGAAGUGAACAACAUCUAUCUAAAGAAAAUGAUGAUUGGGACAAUCGACUCGUAGGCACAGAGAAAGGGAGAGAGAACGUAGCCAAGAAAGAAGUUGAAGAGAUAGGGAUGAUAGAGAUCAUAGAGAUCAUAGUAACUCCUAUCAAUAGAAGAAGAAGGAAGUUAAACAAUUGGGAUGUGCCACCACCAGGAUACGAAGGAAUGACAGCACAUCAAGUUAAAGCUACAGGGUAUUUUCUACUUCCUGGACAAACUUCCACCACAAGACCAUCAGCGGCUUCAAAUUUGCCAGUAAUACCUGGAAUGGACCCAUCAAGGGCAGCAAUGAUAUUAGGUAUGGAACAUGAACUUCCACCACAAUUUAAAGUUAGUCAAGGAGCAACAGGUCCAGUUGCACAAACUGCAUCAUUAGCAAGACAAGCUAGGCAACUUUAUGUUGGUAAUAUUCCAUAUGAAUGGCUUAUCAGAAUUUUUAACUCUACAAUGCUUCAAUUGAAUAUUACUACUGCACCCAGCAAUCCGGUUACAGCUGUUCAAAUCAAUCAUGAUAAAAACUAUGCAUUUGUUGAAUUUCAUGCACCUGAAGAAGCUACAGCUGCAAUGGCAUUUGAUGGAAUUACAUUUCAAGGCCAAUCAUUAAAGAUUCAUCGACCAAAAGAUUAUCAACCUCCACCUGGACAAAAUCUUGAGCCGCCACCAAUACAUGUGCCAGGAGUUGUAUCUACAAAUGUACCUGAUAGCCCAAAUAAAAUUUUUAUUGGCGGUCUACCAACCUAUUUAAAUGAUGAACAAGUUAUGGAACUUUUAAAAUCUUUUGGAGAAUUGAGAGCUUUUAAUUUAGUUAAAGAUAUUUUAUCAGGCAUUUCCAAGGGUUGUGCAUUUUGUGAAUAUCUUGAUCCAAGUGUGACAGAUUUAGCUUGUCAAGGUUUAAACAAUACGGAGCUUAGUGAUCGUAAAUUAGUAGUCCAAAGAGCUAGUAUUGGAUCAGCUAAGAACUUGGGCAUGGCAGUAGUUCUGUCAUAUUCAGUUCUUAUUCCAGCUGGAAGUGGAGAAAUGCAACCAACUACUGUUCUUCAACUUCUUAAUAUGGAUACUUCUGAGGAAUUAGUAGAUGAUGAAGAAUAUGAAGAUAUAGUUGAGGAUGUUAGAGAAGAAUGUUCUAAAUUUGGUUGCAUCAUUGAUAUGAAAAUUCCUAGACCAGGUCAAUCAACUACUGGUGUUGGCAAGAUUUUUGUAAGAUUCGAUUCUGCAGAGGCAGCUGGUAUAGCACUUCGAGCACUUGCAGGAAGAAAGUUUGCUGAACGUACAGUUCUUACAUCUUAUUUUGCUGAAGAACAAUACUUUGCAGAAGACACUUAA